GGAUUGUUGUGCGUUCCAUUGCACUUAUAGAUUUUACAAGACUGGUUUAUUAAUUUAAUUGUAAGAAAUAGUUUUAUGCCAAACAUAAAAGAUGAAUUUAUCGAGAAUGAGCUUUAUAGCCUUCAUUAUACCUGUUCUAAUCUUAGUUAGUGUUAUAAACAGUGAAGAAGUUACAGAAGAAUUUGCAGCACAAACCAUAUCUGAAGAUGCCUUUAAUCAAGAAGAAAGUAAUGAAAUUCAUAUAGACAAAAAGAAUCAGUCUGUGGAAAUAAAUGCUAAAGUUGCAAUAAAUGUGACCAAUACUGUCUCAACUAAUACUACCAAAGUUAACUGCUCAUCAGAGAAAAUUUACGGUCCUGUUGAGAUUGUUAAUGCAACAAGGCUCAUGGAGUUAUUAAUCUUGGAACCUGGUCCAUCAAAUCGUUCUAGAAAUGACAAAGAUGGUAAACAAUUACCAGGGACAUGCGUCCUUGUUUUAUUUUAUGCCAGGUGGUGUGUAUUCAGCAGUCAAGCUGCGCCACAUUUUAACGCUAUACCUCGUUCAUUUCCUCACAUUAAAGCUGUGGCGAUUGAUGCUAUAAAACAUCAAAGCUUUAAUGCUCAGUAUGGAAUAGUUGGAGUGCCAACAUUGAUGUUGGUCCACAAUGGCAAGCCUGUCGCCAAAUUCAAUGACACAAUUUACACCCUGGAAUCGUUUGCUAAGUUUGUAUCUCAUUUGACGAACCUACAGCCGAAUGGUUCAUUAUAUGUUACAUCAGCGGAUUUUACGGGGCCAGUUUCAAGCACGCCCUCCAACGAAAUGGACUACUGCCUGGUAUUAUCGUGGAUCUUUAUAGUUGCUUGCGCGCUGUACUUUACAUCGCGCAGCAGAUGGUGGCAACAAUUUGUUGAACUCAUUCAGAUCACCUGGCUCGAAAGUAAUGCGGAGCAUGAACACGUCGAUUAAUUGAGGAGACUUUUAAAUGUCCCCCUUGAAGUCCAGAAAGGAGAUCCUUGAAGUCUCUUCCAAAAAAGUUAUAUGUCUGCAAGAUUAUUUAGCUUUUGGAGGCUGCAAUCUUUUGGCUAUAGAAGAAGAGGAGAACACAUUGAUUAAAAAAGGCACAUAAAUCGUAUAGUUAAUCACUGUAUUUAUUUAUUGAAAUUUUGUAAACAUGUACAUAGACG